AAAAAUAUAUAUAUAGAAAAAAUUUAUAAAUUCCGAAAAGAAAUAACAAACGCUGAAAAUAAAUCGCAAAGAUGGCUAUGCAUUGGGAUGUGAAGUGCGAUGGCUGCGACAAGACCCACUUGGUGCACUACAGAUACAAGUGUCUGCGCUGCCCCAACUACGAUCUGUGCGCUGCGUGCUACGAGAACAAGGUGGAGACGGGACAGCAUAGCAACGAGCAUCCGUUCCAGUGCCUGCUGGAUCGGGCUGCGCGCGAACUGUUCUUUGCCGGCGAGGAGAUACCGGAGCUGUGCGCGGACAGCUUCACUUGCCCGUUCUGCGGCAAGAUGGGCCACUCCGUCAAGGAGCUGGUGAAGCACAUGCAGGCCAAGCAUCGCGGCGACAGCACGCCCGUCAUCUGUCCGCUGUGCGUGGCGGUGCCAGCGGCGGACACCGUGCGCAUGACCAACCUGGUGAACCAUGUCUCGCUGAUGCAUGGCACCGGCAUUUUGCGCAUCGGCGGCGGCGCCGGCAGCAGCUCGAUGCGCACCACCGGCUUCGAGCUGCCGCCCAUUAGCGCCUUGUCGGGCCUGGGCCAGGGCCAGGGGCCGGAGAAUGAGCUAACCAGUGGCUUGCGCGUUCGCAGCCCACCGCCGGAUCCGGCACGCAUGGGCGGCUUUCAGUGGCCAGUUGGCAGCCUGGGCAUGAGCAGCAGCGCUUCGCAGGAGGAGGACUUCUAUCCGGAAUCCUGGCUGCCCGAGCUGAGCAGCCUCAGCGGCAGCAUGCACACCAUGCGCGACACCGAUCUUGAUCUGAGCAGCCUGGUCGAACAUUCGCAGUUGCGCCGCGGCACGCCGCUCGCACUGCUGCAGCAGCAGCAGCAGGAGCAGCUGCAGCAACAGCAGCAGCUGCUGCAGCAACAACAGCAACAACAGCAACAACAGCAGCUGCAGCAGCAACAGCAAAACCAAGGCCAACGGCGCACCCAAAAUCCCCCAGUGCCACCGCUCGCCAUGGAGGAGGACUUCAGCGACAUCGAUGCCGAAGACACUGCCGGCAACGACCCAACCUCAUCCAUUUAGGCGAGGACACUUCAUUCAGCAUCCAAAUUCACGUUUCCAUAAUUGUUCGCUCAUCGCGCAGACAUUUCAUAUAUGUUUUUCUAACUCACCCAUUCAAUAGAGGGUCUACUUAACCAA